UUCCUGAUACGUACUGCUGUCUGCAGCGGUGUUUGGUUUGGUUUAUUGAUGCUGAGGAGGCUCGUCUGACAGUCACUUUGUGUACAGCCGCUGUUUGUCGCGCUUUCUUCUUCUUUUUUUUGCUCACAGAAACUAAACACCCGUCCGGUCAGAGAUGGCACAGUGCUCCGAGUCUGCUACCGUCAGCUCCGCGGUGAACGGAGAGCAGAAAGAGAGGAAAGUAGCCGUUAUUACCGGCAUCACUGGACAGGAUGGUUCCUACCUGGCAGAGUUCCUGCUCGCUAAAGGCUACAAGGUUCAUGGGAUUAUUCGUCGCUCCAGCUCUUUCAACACAGGUCGCAUCGAGCAUCUAUACAUGAACCCUGAGACGCACACUGGAGGCAACAUGAAGCUGCAUUAUGGCGAUCUGACCGACAGCACGUGUCUGGUGAAGAUCAUCAACCAGGUGAAGCCAACAGAGAUCUACAACCUAGGAGCCCAGAGCCAUGUCAAGAUCUCCUUUGAUUUGGCCGAGUACACCGCUAACGUGGACGGCGUUGGCACGCUGCGCAUCCUGGAUGCCAUAAAGACAUGUGGUCUGACCAACAGCGUGAAAUUCUACCAGGCCUCCACCAGCGAGCUGUAUGGCAAAGUCCAGGAGAUCCCUCAGAAGGAAACCACGCCCUUCUACCCUCGCUCACCUUACGGUGCUGCGAAGCUCUACGCCUACUGGAUCGUGGUGAACUUUCGCGAGGCCUACAACAUGUACGCCACCAAUGGGAUCCUCUUCAACCAUGAAAGCCCAAGGAGAGGUUCAAACUUUGUGACGCGUAAGAUCAGCCGGUCUGUGGCAAAGAUUCACCUCGGCCAACUGCAGAGCUUCAGCCUGGGCAACCUGGACUCCAAGAGGGACUGGGGCCACGCCAAGGACUAUGUGGAGGCCAUGUGGCUGAUGCUGCAGCAGGAGGAGCCGGAGGAUUUUGUCAUAGCUACCGGGGAGGUGCACAGCGUGAGGGAGUUUGUGGAGAAGGCCUUCGCACAUGUGGGGAAGACCAUAGUGUGGGAAGGAAAGGAUGAGCAGGAGGUCGGCCGUUGUAAGGAGACCGGGGUGGUGCAUGUGAAUGUUGACCCAAAAUACUUCCGUCCUACUGAAGUGGACUACCUACAAGGCGACAGCACCAAAGCAUACCAGAAGCUGGGCUGGAAGCCAAGGGUGACUUUCGAGGAGCUGGUGAAGGAGAUGGUGGAAGCGGACAUUGAGCUGAUGAAGAAAAACCCAAACGCCUGAGUCUUCAACAGUCCGUCCUGUCCACACACACACAUUUAACACUGCUUUUUGUACCACUGAGAACUGCAGUGGGGGGGAACAUGGUGUAUUUUUAUGACUUUUACACAACAUGAAGUAACUUUGUCCUUUCCUGCUUUGUUAAGCGAACCUUUUACUGCCUUGAGUUUAUUGCUUGGAUCUUGACAAUUUAUUGUGUUUUAUAUGCAAGUCUGCUUUUUUCUAUUUUAAAUCUGAUCAUGUUAUAAUUUAUACAAAUGGAUAUUUGAAGGAUUUAUUUAUGCCUUUGUUUAUUUUGGUUGCAGCUGAACUGAUUUUAGAUCUCUAUUGACAUUCAUGUGGAGGAUAAAAGUAAGGAUAAUGUAAAAAUAAAGGGUGAUUUUAUCUUUUAAUGAACUAGAGGAAUGAGCCGGUAUCAAUGAAAAAUGAAGCAUUUGGUAAAAUAAAGACAAAGCUUUUUAA